AUGGCGGCAUCAGUAGCUUGCGCCUUCUUCUUCGACGCCGAGCCGGCCGGCGAGCCCGGCAAGCACGCGCUGGACGCGUGCGCGCUCUGCGCCAAGCGGCUGGCGCGCGACAGCGACGUCUUCAUGUACAGAGGGGACACGCCCUUCUGCAGCGAGGAGUGCCGCCACGAGCAGAUGCACCUCGACGCCGUCUGCGGCAGGCAAGCCGCGCGGAGACUGCAGCGCUUCUCGGCGGAGACGGAGUCCCAGUCCCACCGUGGGCAGCGGCAGUCCCGGAAGGUGUCCAUCGGCCCACCUCAUAUUCUUGGUUGA